AUGGACCUGGAUGACGAAAACUACCCCCGGCCUCGGCGGCCACGGCCAUCGGGCGGUCUCCUCGGGCCGGUUGACCGGCCGGAUGGGGACCUGGCGCACCAUGACCGGUACCUGCCAGGCCGGACCAUCGACAAUGACCCGGACAGCGUGUACUACCGAGUCCUCCACCAUCCGGGCCCGGUGACGACCCCGGCCACGGCCGGGGCAGCGGCAGCGGGCGGCCCCUCGCGCGCGGCCCUGGGCUCGGGGGCCGGGCCAAUCGGCAUUGGCGGCUCCUCGGCCGGGCCUUUGAGUGCCGUGAGCGCGUCGCUUCCUCCGCUGGCCGGGAUGACGGCCCUUUCGCCCGGGCGGUCGCACUACCAGAAGCGCAUCCUCUCGCUCGUGGGCCUGGAGCGGCGACGCAGCAUCCUCAACUACCGGCUGGAGGGGGAGUUCUCACUGCCGGUGGCUGCCCUGUCGGGGUCCAGCUCGACGGAGCUGGAACUCUCGGGGCCCGUGCGCCUCCCGUCGGUCGGGGAGAAGCGCGCCCGCGAGGUGGCCGCCUUCCACGCUGUAGCGGCCGCUGUGGCCAUCCCCGGUGGUCGGCCCGGUAACAGCGGCGGCGGCGGCGGCGGCGGCGGUGGCAGCAUCGGCACCGGCGCCGGGACCGGGGCCUAUGCCACCGCGGCCGAUGCGGUGCUCCGGUCGGCGCAGCGCCGCCCCGGGGCCGGGCUCAGCCGCCGGGGUCCGAGUGGCCGGGCCCUGUCGGGCGCCGAGUCGGCCGGCAUCGCGCGCUCCGUGCCGGCGCACCCGGAAAAGGUCCUCGAUUUGCCGGACCUGGUGGAUGACUUUUACCUGAACCUGCUGGACUGGUCCAUGACCGAUGACAUUGCCAUUGCCCUGGCCCGGUCGGUGUUUGUUUGGAACGCCGGCACCGGGUCGGCCGUGGAGCUGCUGAAUCUGGCCGACUGCUCGGCCGGCGAGAGUGCCCUCGGGAACUAUGUGUCAGCCUUGCGGUGGGCCCCGUGGUCCGGCCCCGGUGGCGGGCCCACCACCCUGGCCAUGGCCACGGCUCGUGGCGGCCUGCAGCUGUGGGACGCGGCGGCCGGCUGCAUGACCGCAGACCUGAGCCCGUCGCUUGGGCUGGGCUCCUGCCCGUCGGACGCGGACCUCGGUGCCCACCGGAUCGGCGUGCUCAGCUGGAAUGGGGCCGUUUUGUCGGCGGGCACCCGGCAGGGACGCCUGCUGCACAUUGACACCCGCGCCGCGCGGGGCCUCAUCAGCAGCACGGUCGGCUCGCAUGGCGGCAUGGAGGUGUGCGGGCUCCAGUGGUCGCCGGACGGCGCGCGGCUGGCAUCUGGCGGCAAUGACAACUCCCUCCUCAUCUGGGAGGCAGCCAGUGCCCUGUCCACCUCGCCGGCCCUGCUGUAUGACCAUGCGGCCAAGCGCUCGCGCCGGGGUCCCCCUCGGUCGGCCACCGGCCAAGUGGCAUGGAUCAUCCCCGACAGCCGGCUGGUGGCUGCCACGGCUGGCGGGCGUUCCCUCUCCAUCGGUGGGCGUAUGCUCCUGCCGGGGGCCACGCCUGGUGCGGCCGGUGGCCCGGCCUCCGCCGCCCCUGCGCCGCUCCCCGCGCCCAAUGUCGAAUAUGGCCAGCCCAUCAUGCGGGUCCCUUAUCGAGCGGCCGUCCGGGCCUUGGCCUGGUGCCCCUGGAAGCCGAGCCUCCUGGCGGCUGGCGGCGGCCAAGCCGACCGGACCAUCCGGCUGGUGGAUGCCUCCACCGGGGCCGUGGUGUCCAGCACCGAGACCGGCAGCCAGGUGUGUGCGCUUGGCUGGUCCGAGGACUACCAGGAGCUCAUCUCCACGCACGGCUAUCCCUCCAACCAGAUCACCCUGUGGCAUUAUCCGGACAUGCGCCCGGUGGCCGAGCUCCGUCGGCAUACACAACGCGUCCUGCACAUGGCCCUCUCGCCAGAUGGGCAGAUGGUGGCCACCGCUUCGCCCGAUGAGACCCUCUGUCUGUGGCGGUGCUUUGAGCUGGCCCGGCCGCUGCCGGUCCCCGGGGCCCGGCACGCGGACAGCGGCCUCGACCGGGUGUCGGCCAUCGGCGCGGCCCGGCUCCAGACCAAGGUCAGUGGGGUGCUUGGCUUUGGCCCGCCCGACACCGGCGUCGGUGGCCCGGGGUUCGGGGGCUUCAGCAGCUUUGUCGCGGAUCCCACCGGCGAUGGGACGGCGCCGGCUCUGCGAACUGCGCGGGAUCUUCACUCAUCGGUGGUCUUCCGGUGA